AGCCGCGUUCCUUCCUCUGACUGAAGAGGCGUUGUUCAUCUCGAUUUCUGCUCACUCUGCGACUUCACUCACACAAAUUUCCGCUUCCUGCACCGAUAAACACCAGCAGGAACGGAGUCGACCUCCGAGACGACGUCCGGACGGAGACCACUGACGGUCCGUUUCUCCUGACUGGGUCGGGUCCAGAACUCGGGCAUGUUUCUGUUCCUGUCGUUGAUUAGCACCAGAAACGGAGCAACUUUCCGUUAGCGCUCGCGAGCUUUGAACGCCUUUAACCCUGCGGCUGGAGCCCGAAAAACGGCGAAACCCUGCGAAGAAGAGAGGAGAAGGACCCAGAAUAAAACUAUCGACCACCGUUAAGAUCCGAACCCCCCAUACCCCGUUUAGUUUCCAGCCUCCAGGAUGUCGGAGCGCGGAGGGCUCCCGCGGACUGGGGGCGUCCCUUCGCCGCACAUGCAGCCCUCCAAGCCGGUCAGCAUCACCUCCAACCGGCCCGUCCAUAUGAACCUGUACGCCACCUGGGAGGUGGACCGAUCCUCACCCAGCUGCGUACCGAGGCUCUUCAACCUGACCCUGAAGAAACUCAUUAUGCUGAAGGAGCUGGACAAAGAUCUCACCUCGGUGGUCAUCGCAGUCAAGCUGCAGGGCUCCAAACGGAUCUUGCGCUCCAAUGAGAUCCUGCUUUCCUCAGCAGGACUGACAGAGACUGACUUACAGCUCACCUUCUCCCUGCAGUACCCACACUUCCUAAAGAGGGAUGCCAACAAGCUUCAGAUCAUGCUGCAGAGGCGGAAGAGAUACAAAAACCGGACCAUCCUGGGUUAUAAGACUCUGGCUCUGGGCCUCAUCAACAUGGCAGAGGUGAUGCAGCACCCCAGUGAGGGAGCCCAGGUUUUAGGGCUCCACAGCCAGCUGAAAGACGCUUCUGUUCCCGUCGCCGAGGUCCGAGUUUACUCCCUGUCCAGCCAGCCCAUCGAUCACGAGGGCCCCAAGGCUAAGAUGUCUGAUCGUUCUCCUGACAUCGACAAUUACUCAGAAGAAGAGGAGGAGAGCUACUCAUCUGAACAGGAGGGCAGUGAUGACCCCAUUCAUGGGCAGUAUCUGUACGAUGAAGACGACGAGGUGAGGAAGAAGAAGCCGAGGCGUAAGCUCCCUCCCAACGCCGGCAGCACCAGGCAACCCAACAUCAAGCAGAAGUUUGUCGCCUUGCUGAAAAGGUUUAAAGUCACUGAUGAGGUGGGGUUCGGCCUGGAGCACGUGUCGAGGGAACAGAUCCAGGAGGUCGAGGAGGACCUUGAUGAGCUCUAUGACAGCCUGGAGAUGUACAACCCCAGCGAUAGCGGGCCAGAGAUGGAGGAGACGGACAGCAUCCUCAGCACCCCCAAACCCAAGCUGAGGCCGUUCUUUGAGGGGAUGUCUCAGUCCAGCUCGCAGACGGAGAUCGGCAGCCUGAACAGCAAAGGCAGUCUGGGUCGAGAUACUUUCAGUCCACAGGGGGAGCAGCCUCCUCUGGAGAAGAUGAAACCGUCCCGCAGUCGGAACUUGGACGAGAUCCCAUCUGAGACGGACACGCUGGAGCUCACAGACCAGGAGCUGUUUGCAGAAGUCGGCCCCUGCAUUACGGUGUCCGUGGCUGAGAAACCCCGUACGCCCCUGAAAAGCAGCAAAAAUGAAAUGCAGCCCAUGGCAUCACCAAGGUUGGACGGAGGCCACACGCCCAGACACAAGCGCAGCAUCAGCACCCCCAUGAAGGAGAGACAGCUGUCCAAGCCUCUGAGCGAACGGACCAACAGCUCCGACUCUGAGAGAUCCCCGGAGCUGGGACACAGCACACCGGUUAUGAGGAAAGCCGUGUACGAUCAGCUCAACCAGAUUUUGCUGUCAGAUUCUGCACUCCCCGAGAGCCUCAUCUUAGUCAACGGCACUGACUGGCAAGGACAGUACGUAGCGGAGCAGCUCCAAGGUCAGAGACACCCGGUGGUCUGCACGUGUUCGUCCGCUGAGAUCCAGGCUGUGCUUUCCGCUGUGCUCACACGCAUCCAGAAAUUCUGUAACUGUAACUCCUCCAUGCCGCGGGCGGUGAAGGUGGUGGCGGUGGGCAGUCACAGCUACCUGGGAGCCAUCCUGCAGUUCUUUGUCUCUCAGCUGGCCAACAAAACCUCCGACUGGCUCAACCACAUGCGCUUCCUGGUGGUGCCUCUGGGUUCCCAUCCUGUCGCUAAACACCUGGGAUCCCUUGACAACCGCUACAGCUCCUCGUUCCUGGAUGGAGCGUGGAGAGACGUGUUCAGCCGAUCCGAGCCACCUCAGACAGAUCAGUUGGAUAUUUCUGGAAGAAUCAACCAGUACAUCAGCGGAGCCUCAGUGACUCACCAGCUGCCCAUCGCUGAGGCUAUGCUCACCUGCAAGCACAGAACUCGGGAGGAAGAAUCCUACCAGAAGUUCAUCCCCUUCAUCGGGGUUGUAAAGGUCGGCCUCAUCGAGUCGGCGAGUUCUCCCACAGGAGAUCCAGAGGAGGGUGUUGGGGUCAGCUUGGCCGUCCCGUCCACAUCUCCACCGUCUCAUGGCUCCCCCACUGGAAUGAUCAAAGAGGCAGCUACUCCCCCCUCCUCCCCCUCCAUGGGCAGCGUCUUAACAGUCCAAGGGAGCCCCAGCAUGCCUCACGUUGUGGACGCCAUCGGCCUGCAGGUGGAUUACUGGCUGGCCUCUCUAGCGGACAAGCGGCGGGAGGGGGAGAGACGCGACACGGGCUGCAAGAACACGCUGAAGAGCGCCUUCCGCUCGCUGCAGGUCAGCAGGCUACCAGGAGGUGGCAGCAACGACCCACAGGCCCUGGUCAACACCAUGGCCAUGACUGUGGUCACUAAGGAAAAGAACAAGAAAGUUCCCACCAUCUUCCUGGGGAAGAAGCCCAAAGAAAAGGACAUGGACUCAAAGAGCCAGGUGAUCGAAGGCAUCAGCCGCCUCAUCUGCUCCGCCAAGCAGCAACAGACCAUCCUGAAAGUGUCCAUAGACGGCGUGGAGUGGAACGACGUGAAGUUCUUCCAGCUGGCGGCGCAGUGGCCAACUCACGUCAAAUACCUGCCGGUCGGACUUUUCGGCUACAGCAAGCCCCCGUCGUAGGGCAGAGCUUUAACUCCUCUGCUCCCCUGACUUUGUUCUCUCCUCACCGACUUCUCCUUUUUUUUUUUUUUUUUUUUUUUUUUUUUUUUUUUUUUUUUUUUUUGCACAGAAGAUGCAGAUCAAGCAGCCGGAUCAUUUUCCUUUCUUUUCAUCCAACAAAAAAAACUACAUUCAUCCCGUUUCUCCUUGUAGGAGGAGGAGGGAGCUGGAGUUCAACGCUGUUACUAGUCACUUUAAAGCUUUUUUAUGUGUGUGUGUGGAUUAAGUGUGCAUGCACACGUGAAUGUACAUUAUGUUUGUGUGUGUGGGCGUGCGAGUUUACAAGCAUAUCACAGCACAAGUUUAUUAGCCAGUCACCGUCUAUGUUUCUGAUUUUAAGGAAUUUAGCAGCAUGUAAAAACAAUCCAGUUAUAGCCCUUACCGUCUAAACCAGCCGCUUUAGCCCCCAUCACACCACCCGAUACUCUGAUACUCAAUGUGCCACAAAUGGUCACUUGUGCUUCAGUUUGCAUGCACGACCACAAACGCUCCCUAACCCAAACAGGCAUGAAAGGCAGUUUCUACAUCGACAAAGCUGCAAUAAAUCCACUAAUGUACUUUUUUAUUUCAAGGGCUUCCAUUACGCAGUUUUUUUCCUUUAAAAAAAAAACACAAUUUAGAUGUUCAUAUGCCAAAAAAAGAAGAAAAAAAAACAAUAUACAUAGAUAUAAAGGAGGAAGUGUCUUUUAUUUUAGAACAGCGUUCUUGUGAAAAGCAAACCCUCGCCCCCUUCUUAAAACCGUUUUGUGAAGCAUAGUGGUAAAUGUAACGCCAUUUGUUUUCUUUGUGUUCAAACGCUAUGCACUUUUGAACACACUUGGACCAUUCGAAUGAUUUCAAUAUGACAUCCUGAUGAAACAUCCGUCAGGUAGCGCCGUAUAGCAAAACGCACACCCCGAACGCAGCAGCAUGGAAGGAAAAAAAAAAAAAAGGUGCUUAUGUUGCUUUCCUCUGUAUCCGUUUUUAGAUAGAAGCACAAACGCUUUAUUGACCGAACCGGCCUGCGGAACGAAGGUGGUCUGUGAGCAGCACUGAGACUUCCUGAAGACAAUCAGGAUCAGGGGGAAGAGCCAGUGUUUGGGUUCAUUCUGUGAUUUCGGUGCAGGUCUGCUCCUUUUUUUUAGCUUGUUGUGAGGUGAUUAGUCAGUACAGUAAGGGGUAACAAACAGCGUAUGUGUACGUCACAAAUUAAACUAAAUGUGGACAAAAACUUUAAAUGAAAAAAAAUGAAAAGUAUGAUAAAUAGUUUUCUAUAAAGUGAUGGGAGAUAUGUAGUGUGUGUGUGUGUGUGUGUGUGUGUGUGUGUGUGUGUGUGUUGGCACUCUGCAUCCAUGAUGAGGUGAUUAUCAACAUCACUGAUUGUCAGAUUAGGGCUGCAGUCUUCAUCCUGUUCAUUUUGUAGCUGCACAAGGCAAAUAAUCAAGGUCAUUUUUUCUGGUGAAACGAAUUAC